UUGGCCGUUUUCGACUGCAGGCAGAAAAGGUGAAAUAUAUGCUUGACAAUACCCCUGGUAAAAAGAAGGGAUCCACAACACAACUCUUCAGAACCAUAAUGGAUAAAGGAAUCAUUUCCUACACUGAGUACUUGUUUCUGCUGUGCAUACUUACCAAACCCAAGGCAGGAUAUGAGGUGGCGUUCAAGAUGUUUGACCGAGACGGCAACAACAAAAUAGACCGCAGAGAAUUCCUUCUGAUGGAGGAGAUAUUCCGUAAGAAGACCGAGAGCGAUAUGAGCAAUGAGCUUGUGAGUUUAUUAACCAAAUACCGCUACACACCAAAGCCAAAUGAUGACCUCAGAUGCAACUAUGUACAGAUUCAUAACAGACAAGCUUUGAGAGACGACAGAAACCUCAAGACUAGAUCCUCAACUCAACCGGAGCUACAGGUUCAGGAAACCACACUGUUGCGAUACUUCUUUGGCGCAAAGGGCACAGAAACUCUCAAUUAUACCUGCUUCUGCACGUUCAUGGAUAAUUUACAGGCGGAGGUUCUGGAGCUUGAAUUCUAUGAGUUCUCUAAGGGUAUGCCGACAAUCUCAGAGUCUGAGUUUGCUCACAUUCUACUGAGAUACACCAACAUGGAGGAGUACAAGAUGCAGGAGUUCAUUCACAGAGUUCAAGAACGGAUGCCUGAAGAAAAGGGCAUAAACUUUGAGAACUUCAAGGACUUCUUUCAGUUCUUGAAUAACCUGGAUGACUUUCAGAUUGUUCUGAGGAUGUUCACCUUCGCAGACCAGCCCAUGAAUGAAGGAGAGUUUGGGCGAGCUGUGCAGAUAGCAACGGGACACUUCUUAGAUCCACAUGUGGUCCACACAGUAUUCCAGAUAUUUGACAUGGACGGCGAUGGUAAACUGAGUCAGAACGAGUUCCUGGGAGUGAUGAAAAACAGGAUCCACCGUGGCUUCAGGGAACACCUCCAGAAGCCAGUAGGCUGGCAGGGAUUCAAGGCAUGUGUCAAACAAGAACUCAAGCAGAAAUGAGCCAGUAGCGUUAAGCUUUCCCUGGUGUGGCGUCGUCGUCGUGAAAUGUUCUGAUGACAAUAACUCCUUAUCAUGUUUGUUGUUCUCUCGGAGUCUCUGUAUCCUAUAUCGUAAACCACAGAUCCUUGUCAUUUGAUUGGUAGAACACGCAUCACGUGUCAUCCACUAUUUUCCCAUGUAUUUUUAUUCCGACACUCCAUAAUUUAAUAUUGGAGUCCAAUAUGGGUAACUUAUGGACACUUUGCUGCAUGGCCUCAAGAGAGGUGUUUUCCGCCCAUUUGUUCAAGUGAGGCAAGGUCGGCAUACAAAGUCGCUGUAUUUAUGGAAUCAUCCAUAUUUUUGUGUUGGCUUGGUGAACGAGUUUCCAGAUCUAUAUUGUGUUUAUUGUGAGUAAAUUUCAGAUGACAAGGAUAACAUUUUCAAAUGACAAGGAUGUGUGAGGUAUACAAAACAAAUAAUGAAUGCAUUGUUUGUGCAUUGUCACAGAAUAAAAUCACUCUGUGAUACCUGUUUUUUUCCAUUCCAAUCAGUUUCAUCUCGUGAAAUGGAAUAGUCCAGAUUUCACGUUAUAUUUUGCAAUAUUGCAAAUAUGCAUCCAAUAUGUGUAUAUUGUACCGGGUUUUUCUCCAUUUAUACUAGCCUUUUGUCAAGGCCGUCGUGGCUUAGACAGCUCCCUAUAGCCAUGAUCCCAGGUGACUGGAAGAGUGGCAAAGGACCUAUUUGCGGUUAUUUAUGAAUUAUGACUUGUGCAUUAUUCAUAACUUGUAUGCAAAGUGCGGCAAGAUUAUCCAAUUAAAAAAUGGACUUUCCCAAAACUGUUUUAUAAACCGAUCCAAGUUUAGAUUUUUUUUUUACCAGGCAGUGUGCAUAACUGUUUAAAGUAUGCUGACGCACACCGAUUUGGAAGCAAAAGUCAAGAUUUAUAAAGAAAAAGAUAAGAAACCGUAAUUGAGUUGUAAAAGGCCCUCGUGCUGGGCCACUCGAGGUGUGGUCUCUCCUUCCAGUCACUUGGGAUAGCAGCUCUAUGAAGCUGCCUAAGCCACGAAAGCCUUGGCAAAAGGCUACAUUUAUACAAGAAUGAUUCCAGGGCCCAAUUUCAUAGCCCUGCUUAACGGUAAGCAAAUUUGCGUGCUUACUGUAGCAGAAAAAUUGGG